AUAUAUAUACACUAUUACCAUCAACUGCCAACUCACAAACUCUUGUUGCUGCUGUUGAGAAAACCAUUUUAGGUAGCCACUUAGCAACAACCAGAAGUCCUCGACAUCAUGGCAUCCACAGAUAAGCCUGACCCAGAAGCCAUCAAGUCAGAAGUGCCACAGCCGCCUCCGCCGGCUCCUCUCCGCCGUGACUAUUUCGCGGUUGAUGUUGGUCUUAGGGUUUUCUUGUUUGCAACUACCUUAACUGCUAUUGUUGUCAUGUCAACUGCCAAGCAAACGGAGUUAGCUCCAGUGCCUGGAGUUCCUGGACUCAGAGUGCCUGUUGAGGCUAAAUUUAAUCACUCACCGGCGUUCAUAUACUUUGUAGCAGCAUUAUCAGUGGCUUGCCUAUACAGUAUCAUCACAACCCUUGCAUCUCUUGGGGUCAUCGCUAAGCCAAUUUAUGCAACGAAGUUCUUGUUCUAUUAUGCACUUUGGGACGUGUUGAUGCUGGGAAUAGUAGCCGCAGCCACCGGUGCAGCAGGAGGAGUUGCAUACAUUGGUUUGAAGGGCAACAGCCAUACAAGAUGGACGAAGAUCUGCAAUGUUUAUGACACAUUCUGCAAGCAUGUAGGAAGUGCCCUUGCAAUCUCAUUGGCUGCUUCAGUUGUGCUUGUUUUGCUCAUCAUGCUCUCAGUUUGCUCCCUUUAUAGCCGGGUCCGUAGAGCAGAGUAGAGUAAUUACAAGUCUAAAUUGCUUGUGCCCACCUCAAAUUGAUAAGGAAUUCCAAUUGUGUGUGAGAAUAUUGGACCUUUUAAGUAGUGUUGUUAUUGUGUGUGUUUUGUGUAAAUCUAGAGGCCUUGCUUGUAAAGUGUAACUUCUGCUCCAGAAAAGCUUAAUUUAUUAGAUUUGUUUAUUAGUCCCA